GUAUCGUUCACAUUUUCCAGUUUAUAAUUCCACAACUACAAUUAUGUCAUUUAUUCACUCAAGAUGGCAUCAAACGGUGAGACGGAAGAGGAAGUUUUCUUCCAAAAAAAGACAAACGCUUUCAAUUCAUUAGUGGAGGAUGAAAACGAUCCUUCCAGUGAAGAAGAGAAUCACGUGAAAACAAACAAUGUUCCAUCUACCCCGAAAACAAAACCGAAUGAGGAUACAUCAACUUCUAAACAAAAGGGAAAGAAAAAGAAGGGGAAGGCCGUGAAGCAGGAAUCUGACGAUGAUGAGUUCGAUAAACUCCUAGCAGAUCUGGGCACAUUAGAUGUAAAGGAUAAUGAGAAAUCUGCUGCCAAGCUUGACGAAUCCUCGAAAGAGCCUUUAGAUACCGAAGAACCUAAAGAAACGCAGGAAAUCACCUCUAAAACUCUAAAGAACAAACUUAAGAAGGAGAAGAAGAAACAGGCUAAAUUACAGAAAAAGGAGUCUCAAGUUGAGGAAGUUGAGGAGAAGCCUGUCGCCGCUCCCAAGAAGCCGCUCUCCCAGGCUGCAAGGAUGGCGGCUGAAGUCCAGCGUAAGCUCCGAGAAUUAGAAGAACAAGCUAAAAGAGAGGAGGAGGAAAGGCUGAGGAUCGAGGAGGAGCAAAGGAGAAAAGAGGAGGAGGAAGAGAGGGAACGCCUUGCAAUUUUGGAGAAGAAAAGACAGCAGAGGAAGGAGAAGAGGGAGCGUAAAAAGAAGGAGGGCAAACCAACUUCUGCGAAGGAAAAAGCUGCCGCUGAAAUGAGUAAGAGGUUCCUGGAACAGUUUGGAAAAGCCAUUCUAGAGGAAAAUCAAAACGAACAGCCUAGAAAAACUUUAGCUCAAAAAAAGCCUAAACGAGUGAAAUCCGUUCAAUUUGAAGAAUCUGAACCUACCUCAAACCAACAGCAAGAACCAACUUCCGAUGAUCUAAAUGAAGAGGAUACAGUCAGUGAAAGUGAUAUUGAUAAUUGGGAGGACCUCGAAGAUGAGAAGGAAACUAACCAAAUUAUUACUCCAAAACCCGUUAAAACUGUAAAAUAUGUUGUGAAUGAAGUGGAUGAUGACGUUUAUGAUUUCAGAUCACCGAUUUGCUGUGUUUUGGGACACGUUGACACAGGGAAAACUAAGUUACUUGACAAGAUAAGACAUAGUAACGUCCAAAACGCAGAAGCCGGUGGUAUAACUCAGCAAAUCGGAGCCACUUUCUUCCCCAAAGAUUUACUUGACACACACUGCCACAAGAUUGAUGAGGAAAUGUGUGUAAAAUCUCCUGGACUUCUUAUAAUUGACACUCCUGGGCACGAGUCGUUCAAUAACUUGAGAGCUAGAGGCUCUUCUUUGUGUGAUAUCGCGAUUUUAGUGGUUGACAUUAUGCAUGGACUUGAGCCCCAGACCAUUGAGAGCAUUAACCUUCUAAAGGCCAGAAAGUGUUACUUUAUAAUUGCUCUCAAUAAAAUCGACCGUAUUUACAACUGGAGUUCCACGCCCUGGCAGACGUUCAGGGAGUCGUUUGCAAAACAACCGAAGGAGUCGCAAAACGAGUUCAGUGACAGGACUAAACAAAUCAUGCUCGAGUUGAGUGAAAACGGACUCAACUCUUCCCUUUAUUGGGAAAACGAUAACAUUAAGAAGAACGUUUCCAUUUGUCCGACCUCCGCCAUUACUGGUGAGGGCAUUUCUGACCUUCUAUAUCUCCUCGUUCAACUCACGCAACUCUUAAUGGCCAAACGACUUACAUUUUCUCAAAAACUCAAGUGCACUGUUCUCGAAGUUAAAACCGUCGAGGGACUUGGAGUUACUGUGGAUGUAAUAUUAUUGGAUGGAAUUCUGAGAGAAGGUGAUAGGAUAGUGUUGUGUGGUUUAUCAGGUCCAAUUGUGACUACAAUCAGGACCCUGCUGACGCCACAGCCGUUAUCUGAACUCAGAGUCAAGGGCGAAUACGUAAAACACUCACACAUCAAAGCUGCCAUGAGUGUUAAAAUCGUUGCCAACGGGCUGGAUGACACGGUUGCGGGAACGGAACUGUUUGUGGUUGGCGAGGGUGAUGAUGUUGACGAGUUGUGCACUGAAGUCAUGAGUGAUAUUUCAUCGAUUUUCGACUGCAUUGACAGGACAGGAAUUGGAGUGUACGUGAUGGCUUCGACUUUGGGUUCCUUGGAGGCUCUUUUGCACUUUCUAAACGAUAAGAAAAUCAAGAUUUACUCUGUGAAUAUUGGGCCAGUACAGAAGAAAGAUGUUAAAAAGGCCUCAAUUAUGAGAGAAAAAGGCCAUCCAGAAUACUCUACAAUUCUCGCGUUCGAUAUUAAAGUGACGCAGGACGCUGAAAAAGAGGCUGAGGUUCUGGGUGUUAAGUUACUUUCAGCUGAUAUAAUUUAUCACCUUUUGGACUCUUUUCUUGCCUACAUGGAACAAGUACAGGAGGAGAGAAAACAGCAACAAAUCCAAAAUGUAGUCUUCCCCUGUGAACUGACUAUUCUUCCCCACUGUGUUUUCAAUAAAAAGGACCCAUUUGUGUUUGGAGUCCACGUUGAUGCUGGUGUUCUCAAGUCCAACACACCCCUUGUCGCCAUUACCAAAACUUCACAAUUAUUUUUGGGUCGAGUUGCAAGUUUAGAACAUAAUAAGAAACCAGUUGAACAAGCUUUGAAAGGACAAGAAGUCUGUAUUAAGGUUGUUGGUGAACCGAAUGUCGCUUACGGACGUCAUUUUGACCACACUAACAAGGUCUACUCUAAGAUUACCAGAGAGUCAAUUGAUAUUCUGAAGGAGUACUUUCGGGAAGAAGUCUCAAUGGACGGAUGGAAGUUGGUGGCUCAGUUGAAGAAGGUUUUCAAUAUUUUCUAACAAGUAUAAAACUAUUAAAUUAACUUGUAAAUUAUAUAUUUCAUGACUGCAGUA